AUGGCAAGCCUAUGGAAAUCAAAGGAGGUGAUGUCUCGCCCUAAGCGUAAUGAUAAGUGCAAGAAGCACCCUAAACACAAACAAGCACCAGGUGUUUGUGCACUUUGUCUCAGUGAAAGACUCUCUCAAUUAUCAACUGGUAGUUCACGUAGAACCUCUACAAUUACGGGUUCUUCCUGCUGUUCUUCUUCUCUUAGUUCUGUCUCAUCAUAUUAUUCUUCUUCUUCGGCCUCUUCUUGUUCAUCUCCAACAAUGCAUCGUUCUACUACUUCGAUAUCUUUCUUGUUAAGCGGCAAGAAUGUGCUCACCAAGAGUAGAUCUUUGGCUUUUGUUCCAAGAUUGAAAACUGGGGUUGAUAAUGAUAAUAAUAAGAAGAAGAAAGGUGGGUUUUGGUCCAAUUUGCUUCGGCCAAGAACUAAGCGGAAGGAGGAGAGUUUGAUGCACUCUAGGACCAUGAGAGAGAUGGUGAAUGCUUAA